CGGGCCGGGCCGUUCCGGGCCGGGCUCAUAUAGCUGCAUGUGAUCAUGAUGGGAGGCGUUCAGAGGAAAAAAUAGUUUGCCAACAUCCAGCCCGCAGCACUUGAGAGCUGACACUCUCUCCCGGCGCACGGAGCUACGGGCUGCAGCGGGGCUCUGGUCUGUCCGUCCUGGGUCAGGAUAUUUCCAUCACUUCAUCACGUCCGGAUAGCGACGCUCUGCAGCUCCGAUUAUGGGAGACGCUCAGUCUGCGCAACGGGACGACAAGAGGGAUGCGGCAGCUGAGGAGGAGAGCGGAAAAGUGGAUGAUGUUCAAACUGAGCAGAGUGUUGACGAGAAGCCCCUCAAAAACAAUGGGCAGAUCGCUGAGAUCAGUAGAAAAUCAGACAGUUCCAUAGCAGCACUUAAUGGUCACUGUGAGGAUGAGAUUGCUGCAGAAGUUCUUUCUCCAGACAAAGAUGUAUCAGAGUCACUGAAAGAAGAAGAGACAGCCUUAAAAAAGGAGCUGUCUGAUGAAACUGAUGCUAAUGAAGUGGGAGCAGUUGAACUGAUUGAGAUGGAGGCCAAGCAGAAUGACAUCAAUGAAAGCUUUAGGAAAUUUUUCAGCAACAUUAGCUUGAAACUGACAGUAAAGAGAGGCUCUACUGACGUAGAACGACAAGGGCCAGAGGAGGAAGCAAACAAACCAGAAGACAGCAAAGAUACUAUAAGUGAAAUCACUUUUGAGAAUGAUGAACAGAACAUAGAUAUUAGUCCACCACAGGAGCCCCAUGACAAUGAUUCAACGACUUAUCAGACAGUGACGGAUGGCACAUUGGAAGACUUAAAUGAAAAAACAGAAGAGAAAGCAACAGAAACCAAAGAUGAGGUUGCAUCUGAUGAUGCGGAUGGAGAAACAACCUCACCUGUAACCGAAGACAUGCAUCAGGAUGCCACACCUGAAGAGGAACCGAUUCUACAAUCUCCAUCCCUUCCAGAUGGAAAAGAGAUUGCAACUCAGUUUAAAAAGUUUUUCACGAGUGGAAUCUUUUCUGGUAUUCGGAAGAAGAAAAAAAGUGUAGAAGAGGAGCUAUCUGAGAAAGAAUUGGAGGACAUGGGGAAAAAGGUAACCGUAGAGAGAACGGACCAAUCUGUAGAAGACCAGAAACAGCAGACAACAGAGAUAUCUGCUGGACUUGAGGGUGCUAAAGCUGAAAGAGAACUUGAUGAAAAGGAACUUGAUGAAAGCCUCCUAAAAGCUGAAUCGGCUCAGGCAGUGGAUGACAUGAAAUCCCUCAACGAAGCUGGAAAUGAGCAAGAAAACAAAGUUCAAGCCAGUCCUCUGAAAAGGCUCCUGUCAGGGUCCAGUUUAAAGAAACUCUCUAAGAAGCAGAGAAGCAGAAGAUCAAGUGAUGCUAAGCUUUCUGACUCUGGGGAUCACAUUUCCGAUCAGCUCACAUCAUCUACAGAGUCAACUGAAAAUCAGAAGGAGGAAACUCCAGCUCAGACCUCCACAGAGCCUGCACCUGAGGAUGAGGGAGCAUGGGCUUCCUUCAAAAAACUCCUGACUCCACAAAAGCACAUGAAGAGGUCUUCCCUGAGCCAAGAAGAAGGGAAAAUCCCAAGUUCAGAAGCUGGAGCUAAGACGGCAGAAGGAGAACAGAUAUCAGACCACAGCACAGAGGAGGGAAAGAAAAGAAAAGAUUCAACUGUUUCAUGGGAGGCUGUUUUGUGUGGAUCUGGAAAAAGACGCAGCCGUAAAACAUCAGACUCUGAGGAUGAAACUCCCCAAGCUGAUCUUGAGGAUACCAAGCAAGGCAGUGGACUGGAAGCAGAGCCAGUGGGAACUUCUAACCAAGUUCUGGCUUCAUCUCCAAAACAGACAGAAGGUCCUACAGAGGACGAGGAAGGCUCAACGUGGAAAUCAUUUAAAAAACUUGUCACUCCCAAAAGGAAGGUAAAGGAUGAGGAUGAAAGCAAAGAUAAUAUACAUGACACUGACAGGGAAGUUGCUCAAGACGAUUCCCCCUUUUCCAUAAAGAAACUUCUACCAGGCCGAAAGAAAAGAAAGUCUGCUGAAAAGCAAGACCAAGUAUCCCUCAAUGAGGCAGAUAAGGAAGAGGUUUCAGCUGAUGAGGACUCUGAAACACCGGCUGUGGUUCCACUAUCUGAGUUUGACAUGGAUGAGGCAGCAGUGCACGUAGAAACACAGCCAGACAUAGAUAGCCAUGAGCCACAAGAAGCUGAACUUGAGCAGGACCUUGUUGACGAGAUGACAGAGCAAGUAAUGCCCCCCGAUGUUCCUUCAUCUGAGGUUAAAGAGAUCCCAGAAAGUGAAAAGGCUGUGGAAAGCGAGGUUCCUGUAUCACCUGUUUCAAAUGAAGAACCAGAAGACCUCACAGAUUUGCUCAGCAAACAACUCAGUGACAUUCCGGAGGAGGGUGUAAUUACAGAGACAUCUCUGGCCUCAGUCGCUGAGGAGAUAGCAAGAGAUGACACCCUAGCAGAGGACCUGAUAGAGAUAACAUCGGAGGCCAUAACUGCUCCAGAGCCUGUAGACACAACUCUAGCAGAUGAAACUGCUGAGAUGAUCUCUGCUGUUUCCCAGCUGUCAGAUUCCUCAAAAACAUCUGGCAACACAACACCAGUGCCAGCGGAAUACAGCGUCAUGACAACAGAGGUGCUACUGCAGCAGGUCUCAGAGUCUAUGGCCAUAACCCCAAACACAAUCCCAUUGUGUUUGGAGGAGCCAGCCCCCGAAAGAAUGGCUUUGUCAGUCUCAGACCAAAUGCUCGGAUUAUCUGAUGUGAACCAGCCAAAAGUGCUGGAAUUACACAGAGAAUCUGACGUAGCUACAAUAAAAAUGGGUCUUAAAGCUGAAGCUAUUGAUGCCGUCGAUGAAUUUGCUGCCACGGCUCAAACUGAGUGCGUGUCUCACCUUAACAAAGUUAUCCCCACAGAAAUAGUAUCAGAGGUUCCAAAAAAAGAGUUUCAUAAUGCUGAGCCUGUUGCAGAUAAAGUCUAUGAAGUCAACAUCUCUGAGUCACAAGAGAGCAUUCAAGAGUUUCAAGUUAGCGAUGACAGCCAGCAAGCAGAGGAAUCUAUAGAGGAAAACAAAGCUGUGUCUGCAGAUCAGUUACUUCAAAAAGAUGAAAAAGUUGCUCUACUUGAAGUUGAUGUUGGUUUAGAUCAAGCAGAGCCAGAAAUGCCAAAAACACCACCAGAAGAAGGGGAUUUGGUGGUUAUAUCAGCAGAAGAAACUGAGGAAGUAGCUGAAAAGGAGGAGGUCCAAAGUGUGGUGGAAGAGGCAGUUGACAGAACAGAAAAUGUCUUUCAGGAACCCCAAACUGAGGGCGUAGCGCCUGCUUUGGCAGAUGAUUUGCAGGCACUGACAGGAGAAGAAAUGGAGGAAUGUUAUGUUAAGUAUGCCGAAGUACCGUCCUCAGAUGACAUUCCACCACCUGUAACAGAUACAGAUGAGCCCAAACGGGAAGUUGAGCCUCUCUCAGAAGUAACCGAUGAGACAGAAAAAACAGAGCUACAAACAGGUGAAACGGAUCAGUCUGAGAUGAGAGUUUCUGAAGUCACAGAAGUUGAAGAAACGUGUGAAGAUCACAAAGUCUUUGAUGCAACAGAACUUCAGGUUUCUGAUGCUGCAGAGGUCUCUAAGACUUCAGAAGUUCAAGAUAUUUCUGAGGUGUCAGAACUUGCAGCAUUCUCUGAAAUGAGAGAAGUUUCUGAAGAGACAGAAGUCAUGGAAGAUGUAGAAGCAACCCCAUUACAGUCAGACAUAACUAGUGUUCAACUGUUUGAAAAAGAAGUAGUGUCAGAGGAUGUUCCUCUCUCUUCAGAAAAAGUUGAAGAGGAAGCAAAGAAACAAUCAGAAUCUCCAUCUGAAAUGAAUGCUGUAUCAGAGGAUUCUCCUAUAACCGAAGAUGUUCAAGAAGAGGAAGCAAAAGGAGAAGAAGGUGUGGUUCUUCCUACACUAGCAGGCAAGUCUGAAUCACUUGAAGUUAUAACCGAUGAUACUGCAACAGUAGAAACUGUUCCAACUGAACCCAAAGAGACAUUGGAACUUCACAUAGAGCCAGAAGAAGAACUCCAACCAGAGGCAUCAACAACUGACUUUAAAGAUGUUACAUCUGAAACCGAAACAGAUACGGAGACAACUAAUCCUCCAUGCGAAGCUGAACAGAGUGCUGAGGAAAGUGGCGCUCAGGAACUUGAAAGGCAAACUUUGGUAGAAGAUGCCCCUCAACCAGAAGAAUCUGACAGCGUUCCAGAAGAAACUGAAAGACCCGUCACACCAAAACUGGAUCAGAUUUCGGAGAUUUACAAUAACGAGGAAGUCGAAAGUAUCCCACAGGACGCUCAGGUGGAGCAGGAGGACACACAGGAGCUGCAGACAUCAAUAGCAGUUCACAUCUCCUCGGUCACUGAGGAGCAAAGCAGUGCUACGGUCCUGGAAAAAACAAUAUGCACUGAAGAUCCCGCACCUUCGGUGGACAACAUUGAAGUUUCCAGUGAACCUGUUUUUCAUCUAAGUGUCUGUGGAGUGCAGCAGACUGCAGAGGAGGAAAAUGCAGGUGUCAUUCCAGUCCCUGGGCUAAAGACUGCUGCUACUGACCAUACCUUUGUGACACAAAUGGUAACAUCUAAUAUUAAAGACAUUUCGGCCGAGAAACCGCAUGUUUUGGUUCAUGAGCCCCUGACAAGCAGAGUGGUAACUGAGACAGAGUUCAAUGAUGCAGUUGAGACUACAACACCAUUACUGAAAAAAGACGUAACUGAAAUAGCUGAGAAGGGCAACGUGGUGGUGCUGAUGCACGUGCCGACGGUGGAGUUUGAGGAAAAUCACAGAUUCCAGGUGCAGGUGAUGGACGUUGACAUCAGAUCGGCCCAGAAUGUAGUUGACACAGUGAUAGAGGUUGGGGUUACAGAAGCCAAAGAGAUCAUAGAUGUUUGUCAUGAAACCAUCUGCGAGGUCGAAAAUCUCUCGGCCACUCCUGAUAUUGAGGAGGAAAUUGCACAAGAAGACAUCAAAGUGACAGUUCAAGAAGUCAUUCAGCAUCAUGAAAACAUCAUAACAGAGACAAUUCCCUGUUCAGACGUCGUAAAUUUGGAGCAAGAAGCCAUUAGACAAUCGGAUCCUGUGGCAGACAUGGCUAGAAGUGAAUCCAGCGAGGCAGAACUGAUACAGGAGAGCACUGAGACAGUCAUGGAAAUCCUGGAUGAAGAGCCUGCUGCCAUCACUGAACAUUCCUUGAUCCCAACUGACCAACAAGAGCCUGAUGUUCAAAAGCAAAUAUCUGAUAGUCCAGAAAGUUUGGUUGGGUCUGUGCAAGAGCACGAAGAGGAUCUGGACGAAACCAAAGCUGAGCUGGAAAAACCCAAAAUUUGUGACAGAGCAGAAGAUGCAGCAGCAGAGCAGCUGGCUGUGAAGAAACUUAGUGAACAGAUCAUGGAAACACAAAGACUGCAGACUGCCCAAGACCAGAUUGUGACGCAUAGCAAUGCCGGCUUAGCGGUCCCCCAAAACACCGGAGUCAUCUCGUCGAUAGGUAAUGUGGAGUCCCCUUCGAGUCUAUCCCUAGAGUUCAAACUGAACAUACAGUUUGGGCAAGCAAAGGGGCCAGCCCCCCCUCCACCUCCCAUAGAGAGAACGGAACCUAUUAAACAGGUGGACAUGUUUGAAGUUGGUGUUCAGGCAGAGGAAGCAGUGGAACCUCCCCCACCAACCAAUCUAACGCAAAAGGUUGAGACGGUGAAACCGCCUGAGCUUAAUGAGGUCGCUGUUCAGGCCACAGGUCUCCCAGAAGCGGACGCAGACUUAUGGUCAAUCAAACAAGCAGAGAUUGCAUGUCUGCCGAUGCAACAGGAUAUCAGCGUCCAAGUAAUGGAAACCAUAGAGCCCGUAGAACAGAGCGAGACCACGGAGAGGGUGAGCCCACAGGUUCAGGUGGCAGAGGCCAUCCAACCAGCACGACAAAGAGAAAGGAGGGCCGUGCACCUGAGUAAGCCGCCGCCCUCUCUGACCAAAGCAGAGGAGAAUGUUAAAGAAACAGAGGAAGAGAACGAUCACGAUGUGUGGCUGGAUGCGGAGGAGGAUAUUUACACCCAAGAGGAAACGCAGAGCUCCACUCAGGCGGUGGAGGAGGAGGAGGAGGAGGAUCCUGUAGAGCUGCCGGCUGAAAGUGAGCUAAAGGAACAAGAGGAAGUUGAAGACCAGUUUGAAAUGGUGUGUAACCCUGAGGGUGAGGACAAUGAAGUUAAACAAGAGCUGCACAAAGCUCUCAUAACCUGCGAUUUUGAGAGUGAAGGGGAAGAUUUUGCUGUUGCACUUGAGGACCUGGAGGAAACCAGGGUUGCUGCACAGGAUCUGGAUUAAUCAAGUGGACCGGGCAGGUUGAUCAGUCAGUGAGGCUAAAAGGAAGAAAGUCACCGAGGGCCACUGAAGCCUUUCCACUGACAUCUUGUCAGGGCAGGGACACACCAGUAUUCACUGUUGAGAGCAACGUCGAUUUGAAUUUUAGCAUUAUAUUACAAAAGCAUCUGGGGUAAGAGGAGUAUGGACUGGAAAAGUGCUGAACUUCUCAUGGGGAAUGCAGCGACACUCCAAGUCGGACUACAUCACCCACAAAAAAACCUGCUCCAGUAAAUAUAACUUGCUGUUCUGUGGAGUGCCGCUAUGACUACUAAUCACGUCAAUCUUAUUUAACGCCGUACUCACUUUUUAAAUAGAAUGUAUAUGUCACAGAGAACAAUAUUUUUACCUGGUUUAUCUUAUAAGCUUCAAAGGUUCAGAAGCAGCAAUGACUCAUGUAUGUAACCUCCGACACAGCACGUCUCACUUUUUAUAUUUUAGUGUAGAUAUUCCACACAUCUCAUCUCAUUUAUGUUCAUACACAGGUUUGUUAUUCAGCCCUUCAUGUUUAAACAGAUGUUCCAAGCAGCUUCUUAAAACGAAAGACUUAAUUAUACCGAGGAUAUAUCAUAUUAUAUUCCAUCUUGUACAUAGUGUGUGUUUUAAUGCUUAUGGAGCAGAUAUAUGUGCAUUUCCAAUCAACAAUCUACUACCCAAAUCAGGCAAAGAUAGGAUGGUGAUUAGCAGUGAUUUGCUCCCCCUCUGCCUCUGUUUAAUCACAUGAACCCAAAGAAGCAGAAGUCCAAAUCUACAUUAUAUAUUACCAUACAUGCGUUUGUCAAUUUCAGUACUUUAACAUAUUCCAAAGAGAAAAUGGUUAAAGUUUUUAACCAGUUUGUAAUGUUUCCAAUGAUUCUAACCACAUUAAAAAGACUUUCUGGCAUUAAGAAAUACCGAGUAAUGCAAUAUUUGAGGUCGUAUCAAGUCUCAUUUUUCCUGUAAAUGCACCUUAAGAUGUCAGAAUUUUUCUUAAAAUAAAUCCAGAAUCCUCCACACACCAGGGAAAGGCUUUUUAGCAAUAUAACAUGAUUAGUAUAGUUUAUAUUUAUUUUAAUUGUCAUGGUGUAACUUUCGAUGGCCUAAAGCACAGGAACGUAUUACGUCUGUUAACAAAGAGACAAAACAUGAAAUAUCUUUGAUUUAACCGGUUAGCAAUACGAAUUAAUGUAAAUUUACUUUUUAAAAAUUCUGCAUGUUUUUACAUUAAUGUCCCCUCUGAAUACAGUCAGAAUGUGUUUUUUUCUUUCUUUUUUAAGUGCUGGCUUCCCCCCCGCUGUGCCCCCAGAGCUCAAGUGUUUAAAUUCUGAUGGGAUAUGAUGAAGGACAUGCUGUUGUGUUUAGAUUUUGCCAUCUUUUUUUCCCCAAACAAUGCAAAACUUAAGGAAACCUCUCCUAUCCACCAAAAUGCAUGUGAUGUCAAAUGUCAAAAUGCAAAACACAGCCCUGAGUCACCUGCAUUCAUAUAUCAGCUGGUGUUUUAUGACUAAAAUGUUGUUUUAUUUGAAUAAAUUAAUACUUAC